CUGCGGGAGUGACGGGACCCGCGGCGCGCCCGGAGCCGGCAGCGGGUAAAUCAACAACCCGCGGGCCCUACAAAAGAGAUUAAAGUUCAGUUCGGUCCUCGAAAGAGCUCCAGGAGAACAAUGAAUCUGUUUCUGGAGCUUCUCCUGUUCCUGGCCACGCUUCUCUAUUCCUACCUGGAGGCUUUUGUGAAGCUGUUCGUGCCUGUGAGGAGAAAGUCUCUCGCCGGGGAGCUGGUGCUCAUCACGGGCGCUGGCCAUGGCGUCGGGCGAGCGACCGCCUUGGAAUUCGCCAAGCGCCAGAGCAGGCUGGUCCUGUGGGACAUCAACAAGCACGGUGUUGAGGAGACGGCAGCAGAAUGCCAGAAGCUGGGAGCCACUGUUCAAACCUUCGUGGUGGACUGCAGCAAACGGGAGGAGAUCUACAGCGCUGCAGACAAGGUGAAGAAGGAUAUUGGGGAUGUGACUGUCCUGGUGAACAAUGUUGGUGUGAUUACAGCUGCUGACUUUCUCUCAACUCAGGACGACCAGAUAGAAAGGAUGUUUGAAGUCAACAUUCUGGGCCACAUGUGGACCACGAGAGCUUUCCUGCCAGUCAUGAUGAACAACAACUAUGGGCACAUUGUCACCGUGGCUUCAGCAGCAGGUCAUUUUGUGGUUCCUUUCAUGGUGACAUAUUGCUCAAGCAAGUUUGCUGCAGUUGGAUUUCAUAAAGCUCUGACAGAGGAGCUCUCUGCCCUUGGAAAGAAUGGAAUCAAAACAACGUGCCUUUGUCCAGUUUUUAUAAACACUGGAUUUGUCAAAAACCCCAGUACCAGGCUUGGAAAGAUUUUGGAGAUUGAAGAAGUCGUACAGACUUUGAUGGAAGGAAUAGUGACCAACCAGAAAAUGGUUUUCGUUCCCUCAAAUCAGAGCAUUGCUUUACUGCUUGAAAGGGUGUUUCCAGAACGUGCCCUGAACCUUCUGAAGAAGAUUUCUGAAGUCAAGUUUGAUGCAGUCAUUGGGCAGAGAAGCACACAGUGAAAAGCAAGAAUUGAUUCGCAUUUCCCAGAGGCACCAGUGAAAAGAGAACAUGUGCUGAGCGUAGUUCAGCUGCCUGGAUUCCAAACAGAGCUCAGGCAGGUGCUUCCAGGCCACCAUUCCCAGGCACACCUAAGGGCUUAUCCCACACCUGCAGCUGGAGCACAGCUGCAUAAUAGGGUGUGUUAGCAAAGCAGUGAUGCAGCUCUAGAAGGGCUGCUUUGAAUGUACAUCCUAUCACAUUUGUCUCAUUGUGCUGAGGUAGGCAGGAAUUCCCACAAAGGUGGGUAGUGUAUUUUCACCUCAGUUUAUAUUGUUGAAUUAUAAAACACUCUAAAGAACAUUGAAUUUCCCAUAUUUUUGUAGGAAAUACCUGAAAUAAUACAGGUCUAUAUGUAAUAUACCUAAUUACAUUGAUCAUCAAUUACACAUUUGCACCAUCAAUAUGCCUUUAUAUGAAUAAAUGCAUAUAAGUUCUUUAACACAAGGACCACAGUGUCUCUUGGCAGUGAAAGUCAUAAUCAUGUCCUAGAGAUGCAUAUAAGGUACAGUAUCAAGGAAUACAGAAUACACCUUUCCCUGUAUCAUUGCUCACACUGCUCCUGUGCACUUUCCAGACAUCUUUAAAACACCUUCUUAUGAAAACAGUGCAGUAUUUCUCUGCAAAUGACUGGGUGCCACAAGUGCAGCCCACACAGGUGCCAGGGCCAAGGCUAGGCCAGGGGGUGCAGGGGGAGGCUCCAGACGAGCCUUCACACAGCUCCUCAUCACAAGCCAGGGGCCUGCUCUGUUGGCACAGGAAGUGAAAUCCCUGAAGGUCUUUGGCCUGGGGUCCAAGAGAGCAGCAGCUGCUGGCACAUGGGUCAAAGACCCCUCCAGAGCACAGAGGAUCUGUGCACCCACUUAUGCAAUUCCUGCUGCAGGCACUGCUGGCCCACAGCCAUCUCAGGCAGGCCUGAACGCGCUGCCACCUUCAGCACAGUUGGAAUCUGUCCUGUUCACCUGAGCCUUUCAAGCUGUUCUGUAAACCAAGGUUCUUUUUCUUCAGAAAAGGGAGAGCCCUCACCACCCAGCCCCUCCUGCUCUUAGCUGGCAACAGGUAAAUGUUUUGUUGCCAUCAGCACAAAUAGUUGCUAGAUGAGCUAAAUGACAAAAACAGAAACAAAAAUAGUUUCCUUUUUGCUCAUGGAACAUUCAUGUAACAUGACACUCAGGGUGAGUGAAGCUCAAGUUCCCAGCUUUGGAUAUUUUGCUUCAUACAGAAAGCGAAAAUAAAGAAAAGGUAAGCA